UCUUAGGCUCUGACGUAAUCGUUUAUACUUCAAAGAUAGAAAAGAGAGCCUGGUAGUUCGAAGGACUCACAAUAAUCCCUUUAUGUUCGUACGAAAGCGUUAUUGCCAGCUCAAAAGGUUUCGAAGCCGCUCGACGCAGGUAUACGUAAGCGACCCGUUUAGUUCAUUUUUAGCCACUGUGCAGAGCACAUCGCAGCGCGAAUUUCAUUCAAAAUGAAUGGGAAAAAUCAAUCUAGUGUACAAAAAGGCACACACGAUACUCCAACGCGUAGAAGUACCAAUAAGAAAAGAAAGUUCCAGGGAAAUCGACACACGCUGGAGCAGUCGACCGAGUACACCAGUACGACAUGACGAAAUUUAAACAUGACUAUCUUCCUCUGGACCUACAGAUUCAAGAAGUUCUAGAGCCAAUUUAUAGUGAUUUAAAUAGGCCUGAAUUAUUAAACAGGUGCAAGGGUAGUAAUACACAAAAUAAUAACGAAAGUUAUAAUGGUUUGUUGUGGCACUUUGCUCCUAAACACCUUCACAGUGGUUUAAAAACAAUAGAACUGGCAAAUUUCUUUGCUGUUGCAAUUUUUAAUGAAGGUUUCCAAGCUAUUUUGAAAACAUUUGAAACAAUGGGAGUGAUUAUUAGGCCCUCUGCCAAAGAUUAUGCAGAAAAACGAGACAUGAGACGAAUGAAGGUAGCAGAAAAACGGCACCGCGAGGCUUCAAAGGAGGCUCGCAGGACAGCUGCAGCGGCCCAGCAACAAUUUUUCGAACAAGAGGAAGGCGAAUUAUAUAGGCCUGGAAUAACUGAAUAGCUGCACUCUGACAUCACUUAUCGCUGCAGCAGUUGGGCUACUUUUUUUUUCCUCCGAGAAAUUACUAAUAUUUCCAAUACAUGUCAAUAUUUUUUCGCAAUAAAAUUUUUAUAACUUCUUCAAAUGUUACUUAAUAUAGCCUCAAACUUUUAAAAUAUAUGGUAGAAGUUUUUUUUUUAAAUCCUCGAAAAUCGCCCCCAUUUUCAUGUGGUCACACUAGGUAAGUCCCUUAAGAACUUUUUAAUAAACAAUAAGCGACGGCUACAACUUUUCGCAUAACACUCAGGAACAUGUCCUUAAGAACAUACAGGGUGUCCCAUUUUAAAGGAUCCAC